CGCCGAGAACGACGACGAACUCAAAAAUCCAUAAUGGCGCAAGCAAGAAUGGCCCUCUGGGCCGCCGAGGACAUGGAGGAAGACAUUCAGGACGUCGAUCUGUCGAUGGCGAUCGGCAACUACGGGCAGGGCGGAUACAACGAUGCGCACAUGUCGCAGCCCCAGAUCGAUGAGUCGACGCUGAUUGCGAUGCAGCAACAUAUGGCGCAGCAAGCGGCGUUCUCGCAGAUCCCGGACGUGGUGAAGGGCUUCAUCGUGCACUUCCACCAAGCCGUACUCGACAACAACCUUGCUGAGAUCACUGUCGCGUACGAGAGCGGAUGGAACAAGUACACUGAAAAGUUCUACGCGCGGUCAGAAUGGCCGGAGGCGGAGAUCAUUGCUCCCCUCGUCAACGAUGACCCCAUCUUCCUCAUCCUGUACCGUGAACUCUACUACCGCCACGUCUACUCGCGCCUCCAGCCCAACAUCGACGAUCGCUUCCAUUCAUACGAGAACAGCUGCGAACUCUUCAAUUACCUCCUCAACUCCGACGGCCCGGUCGAACUCCAGCUCCCCGAGCAAUGGCUAUGGGACAUCAUCGACGAGUUCAUCUACCAGUUCCAGGUCUUUUGCACCUGGCGAUCGAAGAUCAAGAACAAGUCCGAGGACGAGCUCAUGCUCCUUGCGGAGGGUGGACCACAAGUCUGGAGCUCGUACAGCGUGCUGAACGUACUCUACUCCCUCAUCCAAAAAUCCAAGAUCAACGAGUUCAUCGUCGCCACACGCGAGGGAAAGUCCCCCGAGGAGAUUGCGGAGAUCGUUGGCGAGUACGGCCAGAAGCCGCUCUACCGCAUGCUCGGAUACUUCAGCAUCGUCGGUCUGUUGCGCGUGCACGUCCUCCUCGGCGACUUCACGCUCGCGCUGAAGGUCAUGGACGACGUCGAGUUCAACCUGAAGACCCCCUUCACGCGCGUCACCGCAUGCCAUGUCACGACCUUCUACCACGUCGGCUUCUGCUACCUGAUGCUGCGCCGCUAUCCGGACGCCAUCCGCACCUUCGUCACCAUCCUCAACUUCAUCAUGCGCACACGGCAGUAUCACACCCGCAGCUACCAGUACGACCAGAUCAACAAGACGGCCGACCGUAUGUACGCCCUCUUCGCGAUCUGUAAUGCCCUCUCGCCGAGUCGGCUGGACGACAACAUCGCGAACACGUCGAAGGAGCGCUUUGGCGACCAGUUUGCCAAGAUGGCGCGCGGCGGACCCGACGCCCAGAGCGCCUUUGAGGAGCUAUUCCUCUUCGCCUGCCCCAAGUUCAUCACCGCCAACUCCCCGCCGUACGAUGACCCCGAGGCGCUCGCCGCCUACGUCGCCUCCACCGAGAGCUCCGAGCCGCUCCAGGCGGACCCGACCCGGCGACACCUCUCCCUCUUCCUCGCCGAUGCCGCCGCGCAGGGCACGGUGCCCACGCUGCGCAGCUUCCUCAAGCUGUACACGAGCGUCGGCGCGCCGAAGCUCGCGAACUUCCUCGACGCGGACGAGGAGGAGAUGGUGCAGGAGCUGAUGGUCAUGAAGCAGAGCUCGCGCAGCACGUCGCGCGUCGGGGGCGGCAGCCUGCUCGACGGGGAGACGAUCUCGACGAGCGAUCUGAACUUUGUGGUCGAUGAGAACAUGGUCCACAUCGCCGAGUCGACUGUCGGGCGGCGGUACGCCGGCUGGUUUAUCAAGAAUGCCGAGCGGACGCAGCGGAUACUGGACGAGCUCAAGAAGGCGCCGCUCGCGCCCUCCGCCGAGCAGCAGCAGCGCGCCGCACAGCAAACCCAGCAUCACGCAAAGACCGGCGGCCCAGCACCCAGCGGCGGGGCCAAGAAGGUCGCCUGGGGCGGGGCGAAGUAAGCACGUGAGCGUGACGUGUCACUGUUGAUGUACUACCUGCUGUACGUUCUCUGUUGUACUAUUCCUGCUAUAGCUAUCUGUGCGCCUGGUGUUAGCGGACGAGUGCUGAUGACUCGAGCGACUGUUGAGGUAAUGAGCGAGGAGAUGGAUCUGAUACAGGGGUGGCAUAUGCUUUCAUUGUGGACGGCGA